UGCGGAGAUCCUUGGGGCAGCCGCGACUUGGGCUCCGCCGCUCGCUUUGCUCCUGGGUUAUUUCGUUUCCUCUCUCCCCGGCCCCUCGGCCACCCUCGCUGCGCUGCGCUCUCAGCCUUUCUGCCUGGAACUGGGUCCAGGUGGGACGCAGUUGGCGUGCGGAAAACACCGACUCGGUAGAAAUAAGGCGAACUAGCAGAGACGCAACAGGUCCGCGCUGCGGGCGAGGGGAGCGGCGGCCACCGCAGCCCUCGCCCACUGUCCCCGGGCCCCUGGCGGCCGCCCGCUGGGACCUCCGAAGUGUCCAUCCCCUGGGGGCCAGCAGGGCUAUCCGAGGGCGUUUCGUCCCGGGGUUUUACCUUGUUGCCAUCCAUCCCUAGACUGAGGGGUGCUCUUCACCCCCCAGCUAGGAGAGAAGAGGCAGAGGACGGUGCGCGACUGCUGGUCUCGGCGCUGAGGAGAGCGGGGGUCCAUCUCCGCGCGCCCCCUCUUCCACUCCGCCAACUAGUUGCACAGCCCACCCGGACUGAACUUCGGGGGAAUCGUCCCUUUUCGUGCCUUUUAAGAUUAUUGGAAGUGGUAGAGGGUGGGAGGCAGCCGAGCCCAUCACGAUGCUGCUGAAGAAGCCUGCGGGGAAAGGAGGGGCCCGGGAGCCGGGCUCCGAGGACCCGAGCCCCGCCGGGCAGCGGUGUGCCCGGGCCGUGCCCCCGUGCGCAGUCCUGGCGGCCCUCCUGUCAGUGGUGGCCGUGACGUCUUGUGUGUACCUGGGGGUGAAAACCAACGACCUCCAGGCGAGGAUCGCCGCUCUCGAAUCCGCCAAAGGGGACCCUUCCGUCCGCCUGCUUCCUGACUGCCUCGACCAGCUGAAAGCAGUGGUGCAAGAGAAAGUGGAGCGACUUCUGGCUCAGAAAUCCUAUGAACACAUGGCUAAAAUAAGAGUCGCAAGAGAAGCACCUUCAGAAUGCAACUGCCCAGCAGGCCCUCCAGGGAAACGAGGUAAGAGGGGCCGAAGAGGAGAAUCUGGUCCUCCUGGUCAGCCUGGUCCUCGGGGCCCUCCUGGUCCAAAAGGUGAUAAGGGAGAACAAGGUGAUCAGGGACCGCGGAUGGUGUUUCCUAAAAUCAAUCAUGGGUUUCUCUCUGCUGAUCAGCAGCUCAUUAAACGCCGCCUGAUUAAGGGUGACCAAGGACAAGCCGGGCCACCAGGCCCGCCAGGCCCUCCAGGCCCACGAGGGCCUCCUGGGGACACAGGGAAGGAUGGCCCACGCGGGAUGCCAGGAGAGCCCGGUGAACCAGGGAACCCAGGAAAACAAGGCUCAAUGGGUCCUCUGGGGCCUCCAGGACAAAAGGGUUCUGUUGGAGCACAUGGAAUUCCAGGGAUGAAUGGGCAAAAGGGCGAGCCCGGGUUGCCUGGAGCAGUGGGACAGGAUGGAAUGCCAGGGCCAAAGGGAGAGCCUGGAGAACAAGGAGAAAAGGGAGAUGCUGGAGAGAGUGGCCCCAAAGGUGACACAGGCGAAAAGGGUGACCCUGGAUCAUCGGCUGCAGGAAUUAAGGGAGAACCUGGAGAAUCUGGUCGUCCUGGACAAAAGGGUGAACCAGGGCUUCCUGGGCUUCCUGGACUCCCGGGGAUAAAGGGUGAACCAGGUUUCAUUGGUCCUCAAGGAGAGCCAGGCUUACCAGGGUUACCAGGAACAAAGGGUGAACGAGGGGAGGCAGGGCCUCCUGGAAGAGGGGAGCGAGGAGAGCCUGGAACCCCUGGACCAAAGGGGAAACAAGGUGAAUCAGGAGCUAGAGGCCCAAAGGGGUCAAAGGGUGACCGUGGAGACAAAGGAGACUCUGGAACCCUGGGACCAAGGGGUCCACCUGGUCAAAAGGGGGAUCAAGGAGCCACCGAGAUCAUAGACUAUAAUGGCAACCUCCAUGAAGCCUUGCAGAGGAUUACCACCUUAACUGUCACGGGUCCCCCUGGACCACCUGGACCUCAAGGACUACAAGGGCCAAAGGGAGAGCCAGGAUCUCCAGGAAUCCCCGGAGUUGACGGAGAGCAGGGGCUCAAAGGCUCAAAGGGAGACGUGGGGGACCCAGGUAUGCCAGGUGAAAAAGGAGGAAUCGGACUUCCCGGAUUACCGGGUGCCAACGGAAUGAAAGGAGAGAAAGGAGACUCCGGAUUGCCAGGUCCUCAGGGCCCUUCUAUCAUAGGCCCACCAGGCCCACCAGGUCCCCAUGGUCCACCAGGCCCCAUGGGACCCCAUGGACUUCCUGGACCAAAGGGUACAGAUGGCCCUAUGGGACCCCAUGGCCCAGCAGGUCCCAAAGGAGAAAGAGGUGAAAAAGGAGCUGUGGGAGAGCCUGGACCCAGAGGGCCCUACGGUCUGCCUGGGAAAGAUGGAGAGCCUGGUCUUGAUGGCUUCCCUGGUCCACGAGGCGAGAAGGGUGACCUGGGAGAAAAGGGAGAAAAGGGAUUCCGUGGCAUUAAGGGGGAAAAAGGGGAGCCAGGCCAGCCUGGCCUGGAUGGGCUGGAUGCCCCUUGCCAAUUGGGGCCGGAUGGAUUACCCAUGCCUGGCUGUUGGCAAAAGGGGGUUACACCAUGGCUUAUUGCCAAAAAGAGAUAAGGUGGUGGAGAGCACACACACAAGUGGUCUUGUAUUUUGAGGGAGUUGCAGUCCCAACUGCAGAUCUACAGCUUCCAGUAUUGUGGGCUCACCUGGCCACCUUGGUUGAAAUAUCAAGGGGUUGAGCUGGUUGUGCCGCCGGUUUUCCUUGGGCUGCCCUUGGCAGUGAAGACCAGGGAAGAGGUCCGGUUCAGCAUCCUGUGCUGUCUCUCCUGUGACCAAGUAGGAAAGAGGUUUACAAACGCAGGCACCCAGAACAGCAGACUUUUUGUUUUUAAUAAACUGAAUUCGAACAGGUGUUAGUAUGGGUGCUUUUGGAAAAUGACAGAGACAUGCAGCAUUUCUUUUGGGUAGAAGAUUCUUGGAAUGGCAGCCUCUGUUUCUGAGGAUGAAGGGUGUGUACAUCCCACCAAAGCUCAGGUUGCUGAAGAAAUCACAUGUCCUGAAGGGAGCUCACUCCACAGUCUCUAUGGAAGCUGAUGUGAGAGCUUCCCUUCUUUCCAAGAUUGAACCCAUUUCAAACAUUUUCGACAAACUUCUAGAAGCAGAAGAUUUUUCCAAUUCUUUUAAAUACUUUUUCUUUUCUUUCUUUUUUUAGUCCAAGGAAUACUAAACUGAAAUGCUUUUGUCAUAUUUGUUUGAACAAUUUUUUUAAAAGCAAAGUCUUCAAAUUCUAAUAACUUGGAACCAACAGUCAAGAUGACCUUUUACUAACUUCUUUCUUUCUUGUUCUGAAUAAUUGAAGAGAAUGUAAAAGAAGCUCCACUUUCACUCCAGUCAUUGUAAAGUAUCCAAGUUAAGAAAUUUUUUCAGUACUUUUUGCCUUUUUUUUUCACAUGAUGAAUAUAACAUACAUAGUGAUUAUCAGUUAAGAUAAAGUCAAGAUUUGGUCACAUUUCAUAGUAUUAGCUCAUUUCUAUUUCUAUUUUUUUGUAGUUCUAUUUAGAUAUGUUUUGUCUCUAUUUAGAUUUCUUUACCUUUUUUUUUUACAUAUCUAGGUGUUUGUCUUAUGCACAGACCAAAUCUGAGAUCUCAGAAAGCUGUGAAAUCUAGUUGCCAUAUAGUUGCCAUAAAGAGAGUAUUUUUUUCAUCUUCUUGCUCAAAAGUUACUUCACUGUAUUAGAAUGAGCAUUUCUUUGCACAGUAAAGUGUUGGUAGCAUGUUUUGAAAUGGCUUAUUCUACAUGAAUGAGUUCCAUUAGGAGAAGCAUCAUCAAUGAGGAGUAGUCACUUUCAGCCCAUGGGACGAUACCAUUUUUCUCCUGACUUAAUGCCAUUUUGUGGGAAAUUUUCUAGUUUCAUGCAUAGGUUUUCACCACUGGGGGGAAAUUAGUUCAUCACUGACUCAUGCUGACAGUUAAGAUAUGAUUGUAAGACAAGGAUCCUAAGGUCCUUAUGAUCUCUUUCAAUUAUAUAACCAAAUGCUCAAUUAUACAAAAUGCCUUCUUUUUAUUUCCAUUAAGUUUUCAAGAUUGGAAAGACGUUCAAACUAUUAGAUCAAUCUAAUUGGUCACAUUUCUAGGAACAUUCCACAUUCUGAAGGCAUGUUGGCAUUUUUAAAACAACAGAGGGCAUUUCUCUAACCAUCUCUUCUAGGUCAUGGUUAGGAUGAGGUAUUAUUGUUCAGUGUCUGAAACAACUUGUCUUAAGUAGAUUGGAAAAAUGAACUAAAGCAGGUAGAACUACAGUCUCUUCAGGAAAACAAGCAGUAGUGUCUUGAGAAAAAUCUGGUGGCUACAUUUCAUCCUAUGUAUCUUUCUUUCUACUCCUCUAGUAGAAACAGGUAUUAAGACGGAUCACUAUUUAAAACUUGCACAGCUUCUAAAGAGAAUACCUCUAAAGAUAAUCAUGUUGUGUACAAAAAAAAAUUUUAAAUACAGCCCUUUAAAGGAUAUUCUGUCCUAUGUAUAUAUUGGGUUUUUGCUCUGACUUACAACAUUGACUUUUAUUCCAUGAUUAAAGGAAUAAAAUUAUUAACUUCCAUUACAAUUAUUUCCUUGGGACAAGCAAAGAGAUGAUAGUACUCCUCUUUGCUCAGUGGAAUUACUAGGUCUUAACCACUAUGAUGAUCUAAAACUUUUGGUUACUAAAAUAUUUUCGAGCAUCCGUUUUGUCAUCAUUAUAAGGAAUCCUCAAAUAAUUGCCAAAUGAACUAAUCAAUUAUGUCUGCCGAUAUAUGUGUUGGCAGAUACAUAUUUUUCUUAAAGAUUUAUUCCUUUUAAUUUAUAUUAUUGGAUAGAGGGUUGAGAAUUAAACGCAUGAAAGACACAUUGGAAAUAAAUCAAGAUCAGGUUCUAUUUCUGAUAAGCAUCUUUUAAAGAUACCAAAUUGGUAUGUGAUUUAGCUUUAAAAUUGUUUUUCAUUCAUGUUGGUGCUGAUGUAUUUCUUUUGUUUUCUUUAUGGACAGUGCAGCUCUACUAUGGAUAAUUUCAUUUCUCAGUUUAAUAGCAUUCCUAAGCUGAUAGUGUGUGAUUUUAUCUUUGAAGUUCAUGAAUUUGCUGUAAUUAUGGUUCAAUGACCAGUCUUUUCUAAUGCUUGUUUUGCAUUAACAAAACAGUGUACCUGUAGGAAUAUGUGUCCUUACUUGGAUUGUGGAUCCUCUUAUUACAUGUUCUUUUCCUAUGCCAUAUGCCUUUCAUCAACGUUCAUUCUCAUCUUUAACUGACAUAAUUUGAUUUAGUGUGACAAAACCAGAAUUAGACGAGUCUGCAUACAUUCAUAGAGUACCUGACACACAACUAUGCCUACAUUUUUUCUAGUUUUUAUUUUUAUUAUGAAAAGCAGUCUUGAGGAGUUUUUCUUCUUUAUUUGAUUUUGUGGAAAACAUGAGAAUAUCUGGAAUUUCUAUCCCCCCAAAAAGCCUGUUCUUGAAUUUACUUCCUGUGCAUAAUGUUCUAAGAGGAAAGUAAGAACUUCCACAUCCAGUAGUUCAUUCUACAUGCCCUUUGCUAGUUUGGAAGAUGGUCAGAUCACCAUGUCAGUACCUAUGGAAAGAUUGUCUUUGGUAUCUUAUAUUUUUAUCACUUUGAAAAUGUGCUUAAUUUCCCAAGGUGGGUUUUGUUUUUUUUUUAUGUUACUAUUGUAGCAUAAACUGUUAACACCACUUUUCACCUUUCCUUUUUUAUUUUGUCCCUAUGUGUUAUCUUGCUCAGAAGUCAGUUAUGUUUGCGUGGUGAGUGGUGUUUUAAUAUCUUCUAAUAAGUAGUCAUAGGAAUAUGUCACUACUGGUAUUUCUCUAUUUCUUAAUAAUCAAGUUAUAUUAACAUUGCUAAAAAUGAACUUUUUCAACUUAUACCAAAACAAAAAACAAAAUCCCUGCUAUCUCUAGAAGUCAAGACCACAGCAACGUAUUCUUAUAUUCUCAUAAAUAUCAAUUAAGAACAAUUACAUGUGUUUGAUUCUGGCUGUUAAAAUUAUUCAUUCCUAAUGGAAUUAACAUGAUUGACCAAUGAUGAUUUUUCUGACCUUCAGUCCCUACUCUUUCCACUUUUGUUGAAAUAUCUUCAUAUUGGCUAGAUUUACUAUAUGCCAUAGCACAGAUAGCCUUCCAGCAUAAAUUUUUAGUGGAUUUAAUUUUUAUUAAUCCAAUACUGAAACGUUUUAAUGGCAUGUCUGAUUUUUUAAAAUGUGUUUAAAUGCAUAAGAUUCUCUGUGCUGCUUCUUGACAGAACUGUCAUUUUGGGAAUAGGAAGGAGGACAUUGUCAACCUGACCUAUUAGAAUUUAAUAAUAACUUAAUAGAGUACCAUCAUUUCUCAAAAUGCAGUUGAUAUUCUCACAUAUCUCAGAAAUAUUAAUAAAUUGGAUUCACAAAAGAAUGUCUUACAUAUUAUUGACAUUUAUGUGAAUAUUCUUUAUACUGUUGUAAAUGUUUCAUGCAACUUAAUAACAUUUUUAAAAGAUGUAUGUAUCUGAUUUUCCUUUAGAAAAUAUUAUAUUUUUAUUUGUAUUUUUUACAUUUUAAAGUUCAUCUCUAUGUGCAGCUAUUUUUAUAUUGCCAAAAAAAUCACAUGAAUACGAAAUAAGAAAAUGCAAAAAACCUAUUUUGGCAAGCAUUACACUGCAUAUUUUUCUUAAUGUUUUGUGGGCCAGUUUCAUGUAAUUGAUUAUUCUAAGAAUGUGUUGUGUGUUAUCACUGUAAAUAUGGCACAAACCCGUUUUUCUCAGUAGUGUAAAUAAUUGAAAGGUUGAAUUCUCCCUGUUUGACUUCUUAUUUCAGUUUCGUUUUAAUUUCUCCAACUGACGUUGCUGAAUCAAAGAUGCGUGUGGUUUUCAAUUUGCAGUUUGAAGAUAAUUGCAUUGUAUUCAGCUUCUCAUUUGUCCUUAUUUGCUUUCUUAACUUGUUUACAGGGUUCCUAGUUUGUGAGAAGUUGAUCUUCAGAAUUAUUUUUACACUAUUUAUGACUUAUUUUCAUAAUGUGUACAAAGUGUGUAAUUAUUACAAUAUUAAUCCAAACAGUGGUAAUGAAUUGUAUUGUUAUAAAGCUUUAUUGAUGUUCAUGAACACCUUGGCCUGUUUUCUCUGACUUAAACACAGUCCAUAAAUAAUUUUAUUCUACUUUUCUA